GCCUUGCUCAGAGGGCUGUGAAUAGCAGCCUUUCAGACCUCUGCACGGCCGUUGGACGGGGCAACGGCUGAUUUAUUCCCUCGUGUCUGCUGUAUUUUUCCCCUCUCUACGAUGCACGCUCCAAACUUCAGGAAAAGGGAUUAAUGAGCAAGCUCUGCAAGGCCACCGCAAAGACAGGAGAAAGUUAAGCGUUUGCACGAAUGCAGCACGAAUGCAGCACGGGUCCAGUUCAAAAGGAGAAGAAAGCUGGGACUUGUUUAUUAUCACACAGGAAGCAGUUGAGCUGCUGUUUUCUUAGCGGCCAGGGCCGAGCAGGGAUCCACGGACGAGACUGAAGGUCAAGUCCAUCUGCCGUGCAGCCGUUUCUGCUGCUCGCCACACUCAGAAGCUGCAACACAUCACUCAUCGACCCCCGAGUCCUGCAGGCUUUAGUUUGAGUCUGAAUCUGACAUUUCCAUGGCUCUCCGACCCCUAUCAGCCCGGCCAUCUCUCGUCCUCCUACACCUCUCUUCCUCAAAUAGUGUUUACUUGAUGUCUAUCUUCCUGGCAGCCUAAAUACCAAAGAGGGGAAAGGGAAAUGCUGGCAUCAUGCUCCCCCGAAACAGAACCAGUGGCUACGACCUGCCGGGGGUGGACGCGAGCGAGGUGCCUCUCAUUGGCUACCGGCCGUUAUCACCUGACGGAGGAACCCCGAGCAGCCAGUCGGGGAGGACGGGGGAACUGGAAACUUCACAGGCGGAGCCCUCACCGAUGAAGACCACCUGGUACUGUCCUCUAGACUUGUCCACCGUGGUGGAGGAGGAGGAGGAUGGCGUGAUCUACACCGUUGUGGUCAAGCAGCAGCAUGGCCCCAACAGCCCCGUGUCCACCGCCUCCCGGUCGCAGUGCGUGAAAGCUGGGACCGAAGAGAAGCUGGUGCUCCACCUCCUCCACUCCUUCUCCAUGGGAGACUCCUCCUUCAUCAGCAUCUUCCUCUCCACCUAUCGAUCCUUCACCUCCACCGAGAGAGUCCUGGACAUCCUCACUGACAGACUGGAAUACCUGCCGGGGGACGGCGAGCGCAGCCACACCAGACAAUCCUUCAACAAAGCGGUGUGCACCGUGUUCAGCACAUGGCUGUCCGAGUAUCCCGAGGACUUCAAGGGCCUGAGGGAGCCCUCUCGCCUGCUGCGCCUGGCUCCGCUGCUCCCUCAGGACUCCUCGUCGGCGGCCGACCUCCGGGCCAGCCUGCUCCGGAUAGCCGAGGAGCUCAGCGAGAGAGCGCUGCUCCCCGACGCCCACAGAGAUCAGACCGGUUUCAGCGGCCCCCCUCCUGAUCCCGCCAGGUUUGAACCCACCAGCAUCCUGGGAUUUCCUGCUGCGCUCAGCGCUGAGCAGCUCACAAAGAUAGAAACCGAGCUGUUUGUCCGUCUGGUCCCGUACCACUGCCUCGGCUCCUUGUGGUCUCAGAGGGACAAAAAGGGCAGAGAAGGCGUCUGUUGGUCCGUCCGGGCCACCGUGCGUCAGUUCAACAAGCUGGCCAACGCGGUUUUGGCGUCGUGCCUUUGGCCCACGAAGCUGCGAAGGCAACAGAGAGCGCGCCUGCUGGAGAAAUGGAUCAGCGUGGCGGAGGACUGCCGAGCCAGGAAGAACUUCUCCUCGCUGUACGCCAUCGUGUCGGCGCUGCAGAGUAACCCCAUCCACCGGCUGAGGAGGACGUGGCAGGAAACUGACAGAGAGGCCUUGAGGAGAUACGAGGAGCUGGCAGAGAUAUUCUCAGACAAGGACAACUACUCCCAGAGCAGAGAGCUCCUGAAAGAGGAGGGCACGUCAAAGUUUGCCAACCUUGACAACAGACUCAACAGCAGACAUCUUAACAGGUCCCAUGCUCAGGGCACCGUGCCCUACCUGGGAAUCUUCCUGACGGACCUCACCAUGCUGGACACGGCGGUCAAAGACCGGCUGGAUAACGGCUACAUCAACUUCGACAAAAGGAGAAGGGAAUUUGAGGUUUUAGCUCAGAUCCGCCUCCUGCAGUCCUCCUGUAAGAACUGUGUCUUCGUCACGGACGAGGCCUUCCUGCAGUGGUACCACAGCGUCCCCACUCUCACAGAGGAGCAGAGUUACAGGCUGUCCAAUGAGAUCGAAGCGCCCAGUGAGCCGAGCCCUCGUGGCCUUACCCCGACAGUGGUCAUCACGCAGUGCCCCGACCUGAGUGCCUCCCGGAGCAGCCUGGCUGGUGACAGCGACAGUCUCUUUGACUUUCAUUCACCGGUCAACAACUUCCUCUCAAAACUCACAAAGCACAUGAGAUCUCCGUCCGUGUCCUGUCUGGAUGUCGACACGUCGCCUCCAACCGUGGAAUCCACCCCCACCACGCUGACUCCGACCACACCAACCAAAUCCCACCGCCGGUCGGCCUCCUGCGGCAACAACCCCACCGGUAACAUCCAGGGGUCUGGCCCCGACAUGCGGAUCAUCAGGAUACGGAUGGACCUGCAGGAUGGAAACCUGUACCGAAGCAUACUGGUUACCAGCAAUGACAAGACCCCCACUGUGAUCAGCUCUGCCUUAGAGAAGCACAAUCAGGAUCCCAAACAGGCGUCCAGAUACGAGCUGAUCCAGCUACUGCCCGAAGGAAAAGAACUCGUCAUUCCUCCCACAGGAAACGUCUUCUACGCCAUGACCUCAUCCAGCGUCGACUUCCUGUUGAGGAGGAAAGGCGGGAACACCCCGUUCGGCCCCCAGUCCAUCAGCCCGGAGACGAGCGCCACCUUCCCGCGGAUCAAGGCCAAGGGCAGGAGACUGGUCCGGACUUUAUUCUGAUCCCAGCUCCGUCCGACGGCGGCUGAGGAACGGAUUCAGUUCCUCCCGUUUUCUGAACGUUCACCUACAGGAAGAGCUCUUGGUGCUGGCCUCCAACUCCCCGCCGCGUAGCGCUCGGUGCUGUCUUUCCAAAACAAACAUCUGCAAGGGCGGUUGCUAAGUGUAGCAAAACACUGGAGCAUGUCAGUGAGACGUAUACAUGUUUUGUACAUAUUUAUAUAUUUUGUAUGUGUGUUUGAAGCCAGUGUUGUGUUUACACUGACAGAGAGCUCUGAGUUCAUGUUUGACAGCUUUGAAAAAUCCAUAAAAUACCUGCAAGAUC